GAAGCGCAACCGGGUGAGCGCGCGUUUCCGCCGCGAAAGGGCAGCGAAGGGGCGCGGGGCUUGGAGAUGCCCGGCGGCUCUCCGGGUUCCUCGGAGUCGCGGCCGCCGGAGUCGCGCGGAGACAUGAGUGACACCGGAGGCGACCGCACGCGCCUUAGGCGCUACCCUAGGCUUCCGGUGUGGGUGGUGGAGGAUCACCAGGAGGUUCUGCCUUUCAUAUACCGGGCCAUAGGUUCGAAGCAUCUUCCUGCUAGUAAUAUCAGCUUUUUACAUUUUGACUCACAUCCAGACCUCCUUAUUCCUGUGAAUAUGCCAGCAGACACUGUGUUUGAUAAGGAAGCACUUUUUGGAGAAUUAAGUAUUGAAAAUUGGAUUAUGCCUGCAGUUUAUGCUGGCCAUUUUUCUCAUAUAAUAUGGCUUCAUCCCACAUGGGCUCAGCAAAUCACAGAGGGCAAACACCACUUCUUAGUAGGCAAAGACAUUUCUACCACCACAAUCAGGGUCACCAGUACCGACUAUUACUUCCUAAGUGACGGCCUGUUUGUACCUGAAGACCAGCUAGAGAACCAGAAACCCUUACAGUUGGACGUGGUCGUGGUAGAACCUCACAGACUCUGUAACCAUCAAGAGGACAGUGACUCUGUGUCUUCUGCCAAGAAGCCCAAGCUGGCACUGGGCAGUCGAGAGAGCGCAGCCGCCGCCGCUAACGGGGACCCCUGCUCAGAAGGACUGCGAGGGGAUGCAGUGACCCCACCGAGUGACCGUGCUUGCCCGGAGCCACCAGGCCCCUGUUCCUCUGGAGGCCAGCAGUGCCAGGGCACAGCCAGCACUGGGGAGAUCCUGGAAGCGCUGAAGAGUGGAGAUGCGUUUGUUCUAGAUAUUGACUUGGAUUUUUUUUCUGUCAAAAAUCCCUUCAAAGAAAUGUUCACGCAGGAUGAGUACAAAAUUCUACAGGAGCUUUACCAGUUUAAAAAGCCUGAUAGUAACCUCACUGAGGAAGAUUUGGUAGAUAUUGUUGAUACUCGAACUCGUCAACUGGAAGAUUUAGAAGCAGUUUUUGCUGAUUUAUGUGACGGUGAUGGUGAAGAAGCUGUACAGAGAUGGGCUUCAACCCCCGGAAUGGAAUCACUAGUUCCACUUGUACAGAGUUUGAAAAAACGGAUGGAAGUACCAGACUAUGAAAUGGUUCACCAGGCUGGGCUAACCUGCGAUUAUUCCGAACUCCCUCAUCACAUCAGCACAGAAGAAGAAAUUGAGGGUCUUAUUCAGUCUGUGUAUUCUUUACUGAAAAGUCUUCCAAAGCCUACUCUUGUGACAAUUGCAAGGUCAAGUCUGGAUGAUUACUGUCCUCCUGAACAAGUUGACACCAUUCAGGAAAAGGUCCUCAGUGUGCUGCACUCGCUCUAUGGGACCCUGGACACUCACCUGGUGUAUUCAGAAGAGUCUCCACCAUGUUGAGAACACAGAGCACUAGGCACCUAUGCAUUUUGUUAAAGUCACGGGGCCUUUGUUUGUGAGUCUUCCAGAGUACACUUUUACUUUUUGGCUUUUCGAGACAAGGUUUCUUUGAGUAUCCUUGGCUGUCCUGCAACUAGUUCUGUAGACCAGGCUAGACUCAAACUCACAGAGAUCCUCUUGCCUCUGCCUCCCAAAUGCUGGGAUUAAAGGCAUGUGCUGCCACCACCCAGCCAGAGUACACCUUUUAUGUUAACUUUCAGUUGAUAUCAGUCAGAUAUUUUGAAUCUCAAGCAAAUAAUCUGUUGUUGAAAAUGGCAAUUGGGGUAGAGGUAAGGGAUGUCUGUUUGAUUUGAUUUUAUUGAUUUUCAUCAAAUCUGUUAACCCCAGUUGAUGGGGACUGUUGGCUGUCUUUAUCACAAUUUGAUAUUGUAAGAGAUUGUUUUCUUUUCCCCUUUGGAUUAUAUGAGAUUUAUUUAUUUAUUCAUUCAUCUGAUGUGUAUUUAGCAUGUCACUGUACCAGACACUGCCCUUCUGGGGGAGACACAUGAGAAGCAAAUAAUGGGCUGGGAACAGUUUCAGGAAAAAAGAGAGAACCACAAAUGUGUCUCGGGCGUGCAGUUAGUUCUCAGGUACCCUGGCCUUGUAGGAAAGUAACAUUCUCAAAAGUGAUGCAAAGACAUCCUUGCCAGUUCAUGAAAAUGUUACAGCAAAGCUGCCUGUCUAAGGAUGUUGGAAUUGUGCCCACGCUUUGACUAAAUGUUCUCGAGCAUUGUUUUUGUGUAAGAGGUCUGCUUGAGUAAACCUGACCAAACAGAAUUUCUCUUUUUGUUGUUGCUUGUAGGUUUUUGUUUGUUUGUUUUUGUUUUUGUUUGUUUUGUUUU